CACUCGAACGUGGCGUUUAUUAGUCUUAAAACUACUCAAAUGAGAUUGUGAAUUAAUUAUUUUAAUUUUAAUUUAUAAAACCAUAAAUAUUUAGUACAUGUAAUAUUUCUAUUAUUACUCGAAAAAACAAUUGUUUAAUGUUGACAUUAAACAAUUGUUUUAUGGAUACUGAUUUGUUUUUCGUUUAAUCAUGUUGUGGUAGCCAUUGAUAAUUAGUUAAUGUUAUAUAGAAAUUAGAAUAAUCUCGAGAAGUAUGUCGUCUUCCGGAGAUUUCGGUAAUCCUCUUAGGAAAUUCAAAUUGGUGUUUUUGGGCGAACAAAGUGUUGGUAAAACGUCACUCAUCACAAGAUUUAUGUAUGAUAGUUUCGAUAAUACUUACCAGGCCACCAUUGGUAUUGAUUUUUUGUCUAAAACUAUGUAUCUCGAAGAUAGAACUGUAAGAUUACAGCUAUGGGAUACAGCAGGACAAGAAAGAUUCAGAAGUCUUAUUCCUUCUUAUAUAAGAGAUUCUACUGUUGCUGUUGUUGUAUAUGACAUAACAAAUGCAAAUUCUUUUCACCAGACAUCAAAAUGGAUAGACGAUGUUCGAACUGAACGUGGUAGUGAUGUAAUAAUAAUGUUAGUUGGUAACAAAACUGAUUUAACUGAUAAACGACAAGUAUUAGCUGAAGAUGGUGAACAUAAGGCAAAGGAAUUAAAUGUCAUGUUUAUUGAAACUAGUGCUAAAGCUGGUUACAAUGUUAAACAAUUGUUCAGAAGAGUGGCAGCAGCAUUACCUGGUAUGGACGUAGCUGAGAAUCGACCACCAGAAGACACUGUCGAUUUACAGAAUCAUGCGGCCAAUCAAGGAGACUCACAAGAGUCUGAGAGCAGCUGUAUGUGUUAAUUUUGAAUGUUGAUUUUUUUAUACAUUUGUAAUAAUCUUAUUGCUUUUUAAUUUUUAUACUUAAAUAAUUAAACUAACUAAGUCGUGUAAGACAUUUAAAUUAAGUAGGCAAAAUGCAAUUUAUUAUUGGAAUACAUGGAUUAAGCUCAUGUUAAAUCACUGUUUAGUAUCUACAUUCAUUAUGGCUAGUCACUUAACACUAUUUGUUUUUUAUUUCUUCAGUAGUAUUUAAUGAAUUUUUUUUUUAAAUUAAUAGUUAAAUGUCACAUGGUGUUAGCCUCGAUAAAAUCUUCACUAUAUAAUAUAGUAUAUUUCCUGAAAGUGAAUUACUUUUUGAAUAUUUUGUUGUAAAUUUAUUAUAGCCUUGUAUAAUGUUUAAUAGGUAUAAUAUAUUGAAUAUUCAUUUUAUUUGAA